CAUACUAACUUCGGCCUUCAUGGCAACUUCCAGCUUUGAAUUAUCUCAAACACUACGUACACUAUAAAACCGAUCGAGGCCUUUGCCUUAAUAAUUCAUCAAAAUCAUCACAGAGAAAGAGAUCUUGAUCAAGGAAUUGAGAAUGGUACUCAUGUGUCGGAUGCUUGUGUUAGUCAUGAUGUGCUCAGUCAAUGCAUUCGCGCGAGCAUCGAACGUAAUAAACAGUUCAUGUCCAGAAGAAUGUGGGAAUAAAGUAAGCAUUCCAUACCCUUUUGGAAUCGGAGAUGGUUGCUACGUCGGAGAUUGGUUUGAGAUAGUCUGCAGAAAUGACUCUUAUGAACUGGGAUUUCCAAAACCCUUUUUGAAGAAGAUCGACCUGGAGGUGCUGGAGAUUGACCUUGUAGGCAAAGUUCGCGUCAACUAUACCAUGUUUUCGAGCUGUACCAAUGGCACGAGCAGCAAAAAUCAUCUGGAGUUAGAGAAAAGCCCUUUCGUCUUCUCCGACAACAAAAACAGCUUCGUUGCGGGUUGGUUUGAGACCAAAUUCACAGAGCCGAGUCCAACUAUGUCCGUUCCAGUGGUAUUGGAAUGGGGCUUGACAAUACUUCUUUCUAUUCUCUUCCUACAACGAAAAACGCGACGUACCACCGGGAAGUGGAACUGUGGGUGCCGGCUUGGCUACAGAGGAAAUCCGUAUCUUCUCGGAGGAUGUCGAGGUAUUAGUACAAGCUUUGGGGUAUUAUGUUUGCUUUUUGGUGGAUGGUGGUCACACAAACUUAUAAGGAAAAGGAAGAUGAUUAAACAAAAAGAGAAGUUCUUCAAACGAAAUGGUGGACUAUUGUUACAACAACAACUAUCUUCAAGUGAUCAUGUCAAUGUUGAGAGCAACAAAUUGUUUAUCAAGGAUUUGGAGGUGGCCACUGAUCGAUUUAAUGUAAACAGAAUACUUGGCCAGGGUGGACAAGGCACUGUUUACAAAGGCAUGUUGUCGGAUGGAAGAAUUGUAGCAGUAAAAAGAUCUGUGAUAAUUGAUGAAGAAAGAUUGGAAGAAUUUGUUAAUGAAGUCGUCAUUCUUUCACGAAUUAACCAUAGGAAUGUGGUUAAAUUACUUGGCUUUUGUUUGGAGACAGAAGUUCCUCUGUUAGUUUAUGAAUUCGUUUCAAAUGGAACUCUUGCUCAUUAUCUUGAUGAUCAAAAUGAGGAGUUUCCACUCACAUGGGGUAUGCGUUUACGAAUUGCUACAGAAGUUGCAGGAGCUCUCUUUUACUUGCACUCAGCAGCUUCCUCUCCUAUUUACCACCGAGACAUCAAGACUACAAACAUACUCUUAGAUGAGAAGUAUAGAGCAAAAGUGGCCGACUUUGGGACUUCAAGAUCUAUUGCUAUUGAUCAAACUCACCUGACCACACUAGUAUAUGGCACUUUUGGAUACUUGGAUCCUGAGUAUUUCCAAUCAAGUCAAUUUACAGAAAAAAGUGAUGUUUAUAGCUUUGGUGUUGUCCUAGCUGAGCUCUUAACAGGAGAAAAAGCGAUUUCUUCUAAACGGACACUAGAAACCAAAAGUCUAGCCACAUAUUUCCUUAAUUCAAUGGAAGAAAACAAUUUGUUUGAUAUUAUAGAUAAUCGAGUUUUGAAGGAAGCUAAGAAGGAAGAGAUUAUUGCAGUCGCCAACCUUGUGAAAAGGUGCUUGAAUUUGAGUGGAAAGAAACAACCUACAAUGAAAGAGGUGGCAAAAGAGUUGGAGGCACUAUUGCAAAUGCCGCAAAACUCUGAAGAGGUACUUGUAUUCAAGAAUCAUGAAUUGUUCGAUCAGUAUAAUGUUGUUUCUACAUCAACAACUGCAAGUAUGGAUAGCGGCAUAGCCCCAUCUUUAGACGCUGAACCAUUAUUAUUUUAUUGA